GUGAUUUUAAAUUUGGAGAUUACUGUGCUUCAGAUGUGGGAAAUGCGGCACAACAAAAGCCCGUAACUCACACCCAACCACUGGGCAGAUCAUCUUUUCACCACCCAGUCAUCCACUGCGUUAACAGACUACCAGUGCUCUUGUUAAUGUCGACCUUCUAAGAUUACAACAAUAUUUAGGGUUUCGACAGAGGAGGGGUUCAGAUCAGAUGACUUCGUUGGUAGUGAGACCGUCUACUAUAUCUCGGCGUUCAUUGUCAUCGUUAACCUUUUCUUCUUCUUCUUCUUCCUCCUCCUCGCCGCUUCUCAUACCCAACCGUCGUCAACGGUUGUGUUUUUCGGUCAGCUUCGGAAAGAAAACCACGGGUAGUGGUGGAAGACGAAGUUUGAGUUUGAGAGCUCGCGCUUACGAUUCUUCCAAGAGCAACGACGCUUCGAACGAUUCCAAACAACACAACGGCACUCUGCCAAAGACCAGGAGGGACAUUCUAUUGGAAUAUGUCAAAAAUGUGCAGCCUGAAUUCUUGGAGCUGUUUGUGAAGAGGGCACCUCAGCAGGUGGUUGAUGCAAUGCGUCAGACAGUGACAAAUAUGAUUGGCACUCUACCCCCGCAAUUUUUUGCAGUGACAGUGACCACUGUUGCUGAAAACCUUGCGCAGCUCAUGUACAGUGUUAUGAUGACUGGAUAUAUGUUUAAGAAUGCGCAAUAUCGUUUAGAACUGCAACAAAGUUUGGAGCAGGUUGCGCUACCUGAUGCAGAAGAUAAAAAAGAUGUGCCCGAAUAUGCACCAGGCACACAGAAAAAUGUCUCAGGUGAAGUUAUCCGGUGGAACAAUGUCUCUGGUGCUGAGAAAAUAGAUGCAGUGAAAUAUAUCGAGUUGCUUGAAGCAGAAAUUGAGGAAUUGAAUCAUCAAGUUGGGAGAAAAUCUGCUAAUGGACAAAAUAUAUUGUUGGAAUAUCUGAAGUCUCUAGAGCCCCAAAAUUUGAAGGAAUUGACUAGUAGCGCUGGAGAAGAUGCUGUGCUGGCAAUGAACACAUUCAUAAAGCGUCUCUUGGCUGUUUCAGAUUCAACGCAAAUGAAGACAAGUUUAACAGAGACGAGUGCACAAGAACUGGGCAAGCUGCUUUAUUGGCUGAUGGUGGUUGGGUACAGCAUUCGCAACAUUGAAGUCCGAUUUGACAUGGAAAGAGUACUUGGGACUGCAACUUCACUUGCAGGGUUACCUCCAGGAGAAAACAUUUAGGCCUUUUCAAUUGUCGAAAACAAUUUUAUAUUUUAUUUUUAGUUUUUUAAAAAUUACAACAAUAUCAUAUUAUUUUCAAUAUUUAUAAAGAAAAGUUUCCUCGCUUUUCUUGUAUAAAUAUUGAAAAAAUCAAAAUAAUGUGGUAUUUUUGUAGUUAUUUAAAAAAUUGAAAAUAAAAAAUAAAUAAGUGUUUUUCACGAGUGAACAAACCCUUAAUCAAUCUCGAUGAAGCUGCUCGAGUACUUGAAAAUGCUUGCAUUGCCUUUCCUGUGCACCCUGUUAACCAAUUAGCCACUAAUUGGAAACAAAACUUGUGGCACUUUAUACUCAAAAGUUUACAUUAAGUCAUUAAAUACAGUUGAGUGAGUGUUCAUUAA